AUGAAGAUAGCUGAGCAAAAAGAUGUAAAAAAGUUAAAGUUAGUUGAAAGAAUUAUGAGAACUAAUGAAACUCAGAGGCUAGGAGUGAUGAAACGAAUUAUCAGGACAAAUAAGUCAGAAAAAUCAAAGAUAGUUGAAAAGGUAGAGUCAUAUAAUAAGUUAAAUCUACGGUUAGAAAAUAUAAUCGGUGUUAAAGAAGGUGGUUCAUUUGAAGAACCAAAUGAUAAAGUCUUACCAUAUUUAUCAAAUGAUAAAACAUUUACUGAUUUUUUAGAAAAGUCGUGUAAAGAAAAUUAUCUUCAAAUUGAUGAUAUCAAAAGGUGUCUUGGAGGAUUAUAUCACACAGCGUCAAAAUAUUUACACAGACAUGAAAAUAUCAUCAUAGAUCAACAAUCUUG